UUCAUUUCAAACUAGCCGAAGAAACGGUUUCAGGCCCAGAAUUCAAAGACGAAGAGAUCUGUCGCUCUGUAACUCUGUUUAUGUACAAAUCUAAUCAUCAAAAAUAAAUAAAAAAUAUAAACAUCAACAACCACAAUCUCAAGGAUCGAUUCCCCCUUCAAGGUAUAGGCGCUCUCUGCGUAGUUCCUGCUGCAUGGUUCUAGCUUAAAUAGAAAGACACUGGAAUUAAUAUGGGGCGUCUGAAUUUGCAGUCAGGAAAUGAUUCUUUUCGAAGAGAAUUCAAUGACUGCCCUGUUAAAUCUACGAAAGGUGCCUUAGCAUGCAUGAUUAACUCUGAAAUAGGAGCUGUUUUGGCUGUGAUGAGGAGAAAUGUAAGGUGGGGCGUUCGCUAUGUCUCAGAUGAUGAUCAGCUGGAGCACUCUCUCAUUCGUUCCUUGAAACAAUUACGGAAACAGAUUUUUUCAUGGCAACAUAAGUGGCACAGUAUUGACCCAGCCGUCUAUCUCCAGCCAUUUUUGGAUGUAAUUCAGUCUGAUGAAACUGGUGCACCAAUCACAGGAAUUGCUUUGUCUUCAAUAUACAAAAUAUUAUCUCUUGAUGUGUUUGAUGUUGACACAGUCAAUGUGGCAGAAGCUAUGCAUCUGAUUGUUGAUGCUGUGACAACUUGUCGAUUUGAGGUGACUGAUCCAGCCUCUGAAGAAGUGGUGCUGAUGAAAAUUCUUCAGGUUCUUUUGGCAUGCAUGAAAAGUAAAGCAUCUGUCAAGUUGAGUAAUCAACAUGUAUGUAAUAUAGUCAAUGCAUGCUUUCGGGUUGUUCAUCAAGCAAGCUCUAAAGGGGAACUGUUGCAAAGGAUUGCACGCCAUACCAUGCAUGAAUUAGUAAGAUGUAUUUUUUCUCAUCUUCAUUAUAUAGACAACAAUGAAGGCGAAUUGGCCAAUGGAAGCUCCAGUAUUGCCGAAGAGGUUGAUGCACUAGACAAGGAGAAAACUUUUGAAAGCGAACAGCUAGAAAAUGGAGCUUUCAGUGUUGAAGUUGAUCCAUUAACUGAGGAUGCCACAAGUGAACUCAUGGAUAAAACAGAGAGUAGGAUGGAUGAAAACAAGAUAGAGGUUAGUAAUGGAAUGGAGUCUGUGGAAAACAGUGAAAAAGUUAUGAUGGAGCCUUUUGGAGUCCAUUGCAUGGUAGAUAUUUUUCAAUUUCUAUGUUCUCUUUUGAAUGUCAUUGAGCACAUUGAACUUGGUCCUCGAUCAAAUCCUAUAGCAUAUGAUGAAGAUGUUCCUCUAUUUGCUUUGGGUUUAAUUAAUUCAGUCAUUGAAUUGGGCGGUCCAUCAUUCAGCAAACACCCAGCAUUGAUGUCUUUAAUUCAAGACGAAUUGUUUCGUAAUCUCAUGCAGUUUGGUUUGUCGAUGAGUCCAUUAAUUCUUUCAACUAUAUGUAGCAUAGUUCUCAAUUUGUACCAUCAUUUGCGUAGUGAACUGAAAGUACAACUUGAAUCUUUCUUCUCUUGUGUGAUUAUGAGGAUAGCACAAAGCAGGCAUGGGUCAUCAUACCAACUGCAGGAAGUUGCCAUGGAAGCUUUGGUUGACCUCUGCAGGCAGCAGACUUUCAUGACUGAAAUGUAUGCUAAUUUUGAUUGUGACAUAACCUGCAGUAAUGUAUUUGAAGACCUAGUCAACCUGUUAUCAAAGAGUGCAUUUCCAGUAAAUGGACCUUUGUCUGCAAUGCAUGUCGCUGCACUGGAUGGCUUAAUAUCCAUGGUUACAUGUAUGGCUGAUAGGAUCUGUGACGGAUUGCCUCUUGCUGAGGAGGCAUCAGUAGAUUUUGAGGAAUAUUAUGCAUUUUGGACAAUGAAAUGUGAAAACUAUACAGACCCUAAUUCCUGGAUUCCACAUGUCCGUAAGAUGAGAAAUAUUAAGAGAACGUUGAUGAUUGGUGUGGAUCACUUUAACCGGGAUCCAAAGAAAGGUCUGGAAUUUCUCCAGGGAGUGCAUCUGUUGCCCGACACACUUGAGCCUCAGAGUGUUGCGUCUUUUUUACGGUACACAGCUGGGUUAGAUAAGAAUCUCAUUGGUGAUUAUCUGGGAAAUCACAGUGAAUUUUGCAUUCAGGUGCUUCAGGAAUUUGCUGGAACUUUUGACUUUCAUGACAUGAACUUGGAUACUGCAUUGCGGCUUUUCUUAGGAACUUUCAGAUUGCCUGGAGAGUCCCAGAAAAUACACAGAGUGCUUGAAGCAUUUGCUGAGAGAUAUUAUGAGCAGUCACCUCAGAUAUUAGCAAACAAGGAUGCUGCUCUUGUCUUGUCUUAUUCACUUAUUAUGCUGAACACAGAUCAACACAAUGCACAAGUUAAGAAAAAGAUGACCGAAGAAGAUUUUAUCCGCAACAAUCGGCGCACUAAUGGGGGGAAGGAUUUUCCUCGAGAGUACCUGUCAGAUUCUUAUCGGUCAAUCUGUGAGAAUGAAAUUCAGAUGAUUCCUGAGCAAGGUGUUGGUUUUCCAUUGAUGACAUCAGGUCGCUGGAUUAAUGUACUGCACAAAUCCAAAAUCACUAGUUCCUUCAUUGUCUGUGAUUCUAGAGCACUCUUCGACUAUGACAUGUUUACUAUCCUAUCAGGCCCCACAAUUGCUGCUAUGUCGGUGGUAUUUGAUCAGACAGAGCAGGAAGAGGUAUUAAAAUCAUGUGUUGAUGGGUUCUUGGCGAUCGCCAAAAUCUCUGCCUCGUAUCAUUUGGAUGAGAUAUUGGAUGAUUUAGUUGUGUCCCUCUGCAAAUUCACUAAUUAUAUGACUUCAUUACCUGUUGAUGAUGCUAUUUUGGCAUUUGGAGAUGACAUUAAAGCAAGAAUGACAGUUACAACAGUUUUCACCAUCGCAAACAGUUAUGGUGAUCACAUCCGUUCCGGCUGGAAAAACAUAUUGGAUUGUGUCUUGAGCUUCCAUAGGCUUGGCCUUCUACCUGCUCGGCUUGCCAGUGAUGCAACUGAUGAUAUGGAAUCCUCUUUAGACCUGGAAAAGAUGAAGCCUUCCCCAAGUUCAUCCUUGUCACACACUCCAUCUGGGACCACUCCUCGGAAAUCUUCCGGCGGUUUUAUGGGCCGAUUCAGUCAGCUCUUAUCUUUUGAUAUAGAAGAGCCUAAGUCACUGCCAACAGAGGAACAGGUUGCUGCUGAUCAGCUAACUCGUGAAACCAUACAAAGUUGCUACAUUGAUAGCAUAUUUUCAGAGAGUAAGUUCCUGCAAGCCGAGUCUCUAAUGCAGCUUGUAAGGUCGCUUAUCCUAGCUGCUAGCCGUUUCGGUAAGGGAACUAGUUCGUCGGAAGAUGAAGGUGCUGCAGUUUUCUGCUUGGAGUUGCUGAUUGCAAUUACACUUAAUAAUAGGGAUAGGAUCAUGCUUAUUUGGCAAGAAGUUUACGGGCAUAUUUCCAAUGUUGUUCAAUCAACUAUAAUGCCAUGCACUCUGGUGGAAAAGGCUGUGUUUGGGCUCCUUAGGAUAUGCAAGAGAUUACUUCCCUACAAGGAAAAUCUUACAGAUGAGCUUCUCAAGUCAUUGCAACUAAUAUUGAGACUCGAUGCUAGGGUUGCUGAUGCUUAUUGUGAACCUAUUACACAAGAAGUCAUGCGUCUUGUAAAAGCAAAUGCAACUCAUAUCAGAUCCCAUUUGGGCUGGCGUACGAUCACUUCCCUUUUAUCCAUCACAGCUCGACAUCCAGAAGCGUCAGAGACUGGAUUCGAGACAUUAGCAUUUAUCAUGCAUGAUGGGGCGUUCCUUUUGCCAUCUAACUAUGCUCUUUGUGUUGAUGCUGCAAGACAGUUUGCCGAAUCUCGAUUGGGUGAUGUGGACCGGUCUGUUUCUGCCCUAGAUAUGAUGGGGGGAUCUGUUGUUUGCCUGAUGAGAUGGUCUUCUGAGGCUAAAAUUGCAGCAGGGCCAGAGGCUGCUACAGAAGUUGGUCAAGAUAUCGGAGAAAUGUGGAUGAGACUGGUGCAAGGACUCAGAAAAAUAUGUCUGGAUAAUAGAGACGAGGUGAGGAACCAUGCUAUUCUGAUAUUGCAGAGGUGUACAGCGGGAGUGGACGGGAUUCACCUUCCGAAUACGCUGUGGUUCCAGUGUUUUGAUGUGGUGAUCUUUACGUUACUUGAUGAUUUGUUGGAUAUUUCACUUGAGAGCUCUCCGAAGAAUUACCGGAAAAUGGAGGAAACACUUGUCCUCGCGAUGAAAGUAAUGACAAAAGCAUACUUGCAGCAACUGCAGGAUCUGUCACAGCAACCAUCCUUUUGUAGACUAUGGUUAGGAGUUCUUAAUCGAAUGGAGAGAUACGUGAAAGUAAAAUUCCGAGGAAAACGUAGUGAGAAAAUACACGAAUUAGUUCCUGAGCUUCUCAAGAACAUCCUGUUUGUGAUGAAGACAACAGGAAUUCUCUUGCCAAGCGAUGAUAUUGGCGGUGACAGUUUUUGGCAGUUGACAUGGUUGCAUGUGAAGAAUAUAUGUCCGGACUUGCAAUCGGAAGUGUUUCCAGAUCGUGAACCGGAGCAAACACAAGCAAAGCCGGCUGCAUCUGUUCCCGGUCCAUCUAGUGAGUCCGCAGUGUGUACCUAAUUUCAGAAUAGAAGAUUGCAAAUUAUACUCUGAUAUUUUUUUGGAACUAUAGCAUCUCAAUAAUGUCCCUGCUUGGAAUUGUUGUCGGAGUUGUUGAACAGAAGCAGCAGGCAGUCUCUCGAAGUCGGACAUCCAUAGUUACAGAUGAGAAGCUUCAGAAUUUCACGUAGCUUACGUGAGGGCUUUCUAAUUGAACCAUUAUUUGCUUCAAUUGUAGUCCCCUUUUGAUUGUACCAGUGGGACUGAAAAAUAGCUAAAAUUUCUGCAUACAAAUUUUGUAGUGUUGAUUACUGUACCAAAAGCUCUAGAUUGCGUAAUUAUUCUCUGUAUACUUUGGUCUCACAAUUUUUUUCACAUAUCACAACCAUACGAACUUUGUUUUUUCGAA